AUGUCAUUUCUUAAAAGAAUAUUUUUCAAAGAACGUCCACCAAUAAUUACUGCCACUGAAGUUGGGUAUAUAAGCAGUAAUUGUGACGUAGAGACCUAUCCAUUGACUUCCACUGAAACACAUAUUGAUAAUAAUAUUAAUAUUGAUACCAACAACACUGAAUUAUAUACCAACGAUAGUAAUAAUAAUAAUAAUUAUAAUAACGAUAAUAUACCGACUAUCGGAGAACAAAGAAGACAAUUAAACAAGACAUUUAAUAAAGCUACAAUUACAAAAUAUCUCCUGGCAUUUAUAAUGAUAGCAGGUCUGAUUGCAUUAGCAGCCGUUGCUUCGACUAUAGAUUUAUCUUCAGCGUUCUCGAAAGGAAAAAGCUCACAAUCUAUGGAUGAGGAUAUCAAUAAUAUACAACCAGAAACGCCGAGUGCUUACAAGGAGGGUAUUAUUUCUUCUACAUCAGACACAAAUAAUCCACAUGUUUUAGGAUACGAUCCAGAAACAAGAAAGUCCUCUAAGAAAUUAUAUGAACUGAUGCAUGAUUUCGAUACAGCCUACUACGAUGACGAAAAUAUGAUCCUUGGUACAAACCUAUUUUCAGAAAAUGUUUAUUCAAGACAACCAUAUGUUGCUAAUGGUUAUAUUGGUUCAAGAAUUCCAAAUACUGGAUUUGGUUAUGCAUUGGAUACCCUUAAUUUAUUCACUGACGCAGAAGGUUCAUUAAAUAAUGGCUGGCCAUUAAGAAAUAGAAGAUAUGCUGGUGCAUUCGUUUCUGAUUUUUAUUCAUUACAAGAAAAACUAAAUUCAACGAAUUUCCCUGAAUUGGAUAACCACGGUUAUUCUACUGUUAUUUCAUCAAUCCCACAAUGGACAAAUUUACAAUUCUCAUUAGAUAACGGUUCUAUUUGGUUUAAUCCUCAAGAAAUUGAUAAAACUGACGUUUCUAAUUAUCAACAAAAUUUAUCAAUGAAAGAUGGGAUUGUUACUACCGAUAUGGAUUGGAUUGACGGUAUGAUUCAUGUUAAAAGUGAAAUUUGGGCUCAUAGGAAAAUUUAUCCCUUAGGGAUGGUAUCAUUGGAAAUUUCAUUGAAUGUAGAUAGUAUUCCUGAUGGGUUUGAAUCUGUUGAUUUGGACGUUUGGGAUGUCUUGGACUUCAAUACUUCACAUAGAACAGUAUUAAAUGAUAUAGGUUACGAUGAUGACGGAAUUUAUAUGGUGAUCGAGCCUGAUAAUGUUCCGUAUUCUAAUGCAGCACUUUAUUCGGCAUGUACACUUCAACUGGAAAAUUCGACUGAAGAACAUCCUUUCCAAUUUGAUGAGGAUAAAGAUCCAUUAAUGAAUACGAACGAAAGAAUCUCGAAAGUUAGUCAUGUUACAUUAUCAAAAGCAAAUCCAAAGCUAACAGUGCAUAAAUAUGUUGGGAUCAUGUCAACAGAAUAUAAUAAUGAUGAAAAAAAUGGUGGAGCAUCUAAUUUAGAUUUAGCAACCAAGGUCGCAAUGAGUAGCAAAGGCUCUUAUGAUUUAUUAUUAUCAACUCAUAAGAAAGCUUGGUAUGCCCUAUAUAAUGAUGCAUUUAUUGAAAUUCCAUCAGAUAACUUAUUGGAAAUGACUGCAAGAUCCUCAUUAUACCAACUUCUAGCUAAUACGAGAACAUAUAACGUUUCUGAGGAAAGAGGUUUACCAUUAGCUGUAGGAGGUUUGUCCUCCGAUUCUUAUGGUGGGAUGGUAUUCUGGGAUUCAGAUAUUUGGGUUCAACCAGCUUUAUUACCAUUUUUCCCACAAAUAGCCAAAAAUAUAAAUAAUUAUAGAAAUGCUACCCAUGCACAAGCAAGAUUAAAUGCAAAACAGUACGGUUAUCCUGGUGCUGUUUACCCUUGGACUUCCGGAAGAUACGCUAAUUGUACAUCGGCUGGUCCAUGUGUCGAUUAUGAGUAUCAUAUAAAUGUUGACAUUGCAAUGGCCACUUUUUCCAUAUAUAUGAAUGGUGGUAAGGAUGUCGAUGACAACUAUUUAAGGUAUACCACAUGGCCAAUGGUAAGAGAUGCAGCCGAAUUUUUCACCGUUUAUGUGAAAUAUAAUGCAACGUUAGGAAAAUACGAGACAUAUAAUUUAACUGAUCCAGACGAAUUUGCUGAUCAUAUUAACAAUGGUGCAUUUACUAAUGCAGGUAUUAAGACUUUAUUGAAAUGGGCAACAGAUAUCGGUAACCAUCUAGGGGAGUAUGUCGAUCCUAAAUGGAUGGAAAUCUCUCACAAUAUAUAUAUACCAAGAUCCAAAUCUAAUAUUACUUUAGAAUAUUCUGGUAUGAAUAGUUCUGUUGAAAUCAAACAAGCGGAUGUCACCUUAAUGGUAUACCCUUUAGGUUAUAUUAACGACGAAUCAAUUUUAAACAAUGCAAUAAAAGAUUUAUACUAUUAUUCUGAAAGACAAUCUGCAUCAGGUCCAGCGAUGACUUAUCCUGUUUUCGUUGCCGCUGCGUCCACCUUACUAAAUCACGGUUCUUCAUCACAAAGCUAUUUGUACAAAUCCGUUUUACCGUACUUAAGAGCGCCCUUUGCCCAAUUUAGUGAACAAUCUGAUGAUAAUUUCUCAACGAAUGGGUUAACUCAGCCAGCUUUCCCAUUCUUGACUGCAAAUGGUGGCUUCUUACAAAGUAUAUUGUUUGGCUUAACAGGUAUUAGGUACACUUAUGAAGUUGACGAAGCAACUAAGAAAAUUAACCGUGUCCUAAGAUUUAAUCCUGUAGAACUGCCUUUACUACCAGGUGGAAUUGCCAUUAGAAACUUCAAGUAUAUGGAUCAAGUUUUAGAUAUUAUCCUCAAUGAUCAUAACGGUACCAUUGUUCAUAAAAGCGGUGGGAAACCCAUAAAUAUCAAAGUACCAAAUAGGAAACUAAUCCAUGAUCGUGAUAUUGAUUUAUUUACUCGCGACGAAAAGAGGGAAUCUUUAGAACGUCGUGACCAAUAUGAAAAAGAGGAUCCUAACGAUACAUCGAAUGAUGCUAAGGAUAGUACGAAAUAUGGAACCUCAUACGUAUUACAUCCAGGUGAAGAAUUAACUAUCCCAUUGUUUAAGCCAGAAUUAAAUAUUGAAGGAAAUAUCGCUGAAAGUAAGCAAAUUACAAAUUUAACCGCAGGCGUUCCAGGGGACGUUGGUUUCUCUGCUCUUGAUGGUAAUAACUACACUCAUUGGCAGCCUGCUGAUAAGAAGGAUAAUGCUAGACUAUUAAUUGAUUUGGGUGAAGAUAAUAUAAAAGAAAUUAGGAAAGGAAUGAUUCUAUGGGGACAAAGACCUGCUAAAAAUAUAUCUAUUGCAAUUUUACCUCACACAGAUACCGUUGAAAAUAUCUUUACUAAUGUUUCUAAAAUUUUGGAAAAUUCAAAGAAUGCAGAAGAAUACAGAGAAGGUGUUAUCGACUUAUUGAACGAAAAUAAUAUUUCUGUUCAGUCUACUUCUUCUACUGGCGAGGUAGAAGCGAAUACUGACUUACAAUCGAUUAUUAGUUGGAAAACCGAUGAUUUUGAUGAAGUCUUGGAACGUUUCCCAAGGUUAGGUAUUCUAGGUGAGAAUUUUGUUACCAUUCUACAAGAUUAUAAGAUUGAACCAAGUGAACCAUAUUAUGAAGAAGUGAUCAAGGAAUCCUUGAUUGAAAUCCUUCCCAGUAACAAGACGGAAUUUUCCAUCGACUAUAGUAGAAUACAUAUCAAUUCUACGAGGAAUAAUACAGAAAUUGGUGAAUGGAAAAAAGCUAGAUAUGUUUUGCUUACGGUUCAUGGAACAUAUGAUGAUGAUAUAGAUCCAAAAGGUGCUACAAUAAAAGAGAUUGCGUUUAUGGAACAGUAG